CACGAGAGAAGUGUUGGUCAGGUGGAGUCAUUAGGCAGAACAGCGACCCUCACAUUGCACAAUCACUCGAUGGUGAACUGGAGGCUUUUAUCUUUCUGUUUCAGACACCUGGAUCUGUGAGAUGUUCUGUCAAGUGCAAGCCAUGAAGAUGGUGAUGAAAUGUGUCUGCCAUGGAUGUAAAAAAGGCCAACAGGCUUGGGGGGUCUGCAACACACCCCUGGCUGUGUCUCCUCGGCCAACAUCAACUGACAAUACAUUAUAAAACACUGCGAGUCGUUCGACCCACUCGUGGAACUGGUAACACCACAGUACAGGAAUGAACAUGUAUGAGGAAUACGGCGACGAUGAUCUCAACAACUACAUUAUCCAGCUCGAUAUCCAAGAGUCAUGCCAAAAUGCGUUUCUGAAAUCUGCGGCCAGUUUAGAAGCUCCCACAGAUGAGAACCUUCGAGUCCUUGCAGCCAUUGAACAAGGUGAGGUGUCAGUUCUGAGAGAAAUGCUGCAGUACACCUUUGCCUUCAGGGAGAGUGACAGUCAUGGCUGGCUUCCUCUUCACCAUGCUGCAUCUCAACCAACUCUGGAGGUUCUAGAAACAGUCUUGACACUGGCGGCUCAGGGGAUCAGUCUGGAAGAGAGGACAGGCGUGGGCGGAGAAACAGCACUCACCCUGGCAGUCAAAGCUGGACUCGGGAAGAACGUGAAGAGCCUUCUCAAGCAUGGAGCUUCCCCUGACUGUACCAACAGCAAGAAUGAGUCUCCACUGCUUCUGGCGGUGAGGGCAGGGUCUUUUGAGUUGGCCAACAUGCUGGUUUCUCACGGAGCUUGGGUUGAGCAAGUCUGCAGAAAGAGAUGGACCGCCAUGCAUGAGGCUGCCAAGAUGGGACAUGUGGACAUAAUGAUGCUUCUACUGAGGAACGGUGGACGGGUGAACCAGAAGGACGUGAUGGGGGUGACACCACUCGCCGUAGCAGCCGAGCAAGGGCAUUUCCACAUUGCAGAAAUUUUGGUGAACUGUGGAAGCAGAGUGAACUCUCAGGCCUGUGAUGGAGAAAGUGUCCUCCUGGAUGCCGCAGGGUCAGGGAACACAGCCUGCAUCAAGAUGCUGCUGGAUAAUGGAGCCAAUCCCAAUCUGCCCAGCGUCACUGGACAUCUGCCCAUCCACAAAGCAGCAUAUGCAGGACACUACGAAGCCCUGAAGAUGUUGAUUCCUUUGACCACGAAGAAGGCCAUCAAAGAUGCAGGUCAAAGCCCGGUCCACUCUGCAGCAGAGGGCGGUCAAGGCCGGUGCCUGACCCUCCUGCUGUCCUGUGGCUUUGACGUCAACUAUCGCAUGAACACCAGGAACUCUGAGAACUACAGGGACUUGAGGAAAAGCGCUUUGUACUUUGCCGUCUCCAAUGGCGACGUGGAGUGCGCCAGGAUACUGUUGGCAGCUGGAGCCAAGACAGACAUGGACCCUCUGUGCUGCCUCCUGGUGGCGGUCCGGUCGGGACGUUACAGGAUUGUGAAACUGCUUCUGGCGGCCAAAGCAGAUGUGAACUGUUACUUCAGGGUGGUGAGCGACACAGUGUUUCCUACGGCUUUACAGUACUGUCUGAAGGAUGAGGUGAUGAUGCGGCUGCUGCUCAACAACGGAUACCGGGUGGAGCAAUGUUUUUACUGUCACCAUGACGACACCACCUGUUUGGCAGAAGAGCGAGAGGAGAAAAUUAGUUUCUGCGAAUUCAUGAGUCUCUGCUGUCUAGUUCAUCUGUCCGGGUUCGUGGUCCGGAUUCUCCUCGACUACGUAGGUCAUGUCCGGAUCUGCUCUAAACUGCGACUCCUUCUGGAGAAGCAGCACGAGUGGUCUGAAAUACUCAGUACUCUUGCCAAUCCUCGCUCCCUCAGACACCUCUGCAGGCUUAAGAUCAGAAGACUUUUGACUCUGAAGAGACUGAACAAUCCUGACAUCAUGAACACAGACACUUUCCCUCCAGGAAUCAGGAGUUUCCUGCUCUACCAAGAGCUGGACCUCUACACUCAGGAUGCCGAGAGGUUUGACAGGGAAAGCAGCUGAACCUCUGACAUGCAUUCUUUAGCGAGUCAUUUCACAUUACCCCAAAGGGCAAGUUCAUACCAAGAAAAUAAGGAGGGAAGUUUUGAACAUGUCCAUGUCAAUCAUAUUAACAUGAUGCCAUCAUAGCCACAUGGCAUCUUCAUGCAAA